CCACCUCUCGUUCGUGAUGGCGGCGGCUGCUGCGGCGGCGGCGACGGCGGCGGCGACUGCGGCGGCGACUGCGGCGUCGGCGGUGGAUUCCAAGGCUGAGCUGGGGCUGCUGCUGGAGCAGUGGGAGCGCGAGAAGGGGACAGGAGCCGAUCCCAUCCCUCUACUCUCACAGAUCUCGGAUCUGAUCGAGCGGGAGACUGAGGAGUACCACAAAGCCGACCCCGACCCCUUCGACGACCGCCACCCAGGUCGGGCAGACCCAGAGUGCAUGCUGGGACACCUACUCAAAAUGCUCUUCAAAAGCGAUGACUUCAUGAACGCGCUGGUGAACGCGUACAUGAUGACGAGCCGGGAGCCUCCGUUGAACACGGCCGCUUGCCGCCUGCUGCUCAACAUCUUGCCUGGCCUGGAGACCUCCGUGGUUUUCCAAGAGAAGGAGGGCAUCGUGGAGAACCUGUUCAAGUGGGCGCGCGACGCGGCCGAGCCCCUGCGCAGCUACGCCAUGGGCCUCCUCGCCGCCGCCAUGGAGAUCCAGGACAUCGCCGCAAACUACCGCGAUGACAACUGCCGGAUGGUUCCACUGGCGCUGACGAGGCUCAGGGAGCUCUGCAGCAGCAGCGGCGUGCUGGCGUCGGCGGCGGAGGACGCGGCGGGCGCCAGGGGGGCGCCGGCGCCCCGUCGCUUUGGCUUGCCGGAGACGACCGCCAAGCGCCUCGCGAGCGCCGGCACCGGCGGACCUCGCGCCGGCGAGCUGCCCUUUGACGAGAACGCCGUGGUGGAGGGCGCCCUGGCGGAGGAGGAGGACUGCGAGCUGCUGCCGCGGCCGCCGUUCGUGCUGGCGCACAGGACGCCGCAGGCUCACGCCGGGCACAAGCAGCGAACCAGCUUCUCGCCGUUCGAGACGGAGCGCAGCCUCAACGAGCUGUCCAACAGCAGCUGGUCCGAGACGUCGCCGUGGGUCAUCGGCACCAGCUACCGGCUGCUACCGCUCACUGCCAGCGUGCAGCAGAGGGUCAUCUUCCAGUACCUGACGCCUCUCGGAGAGUACCAGGAGCUGCUGGCCAUGUUCAUGCAGCUGGGCGCGCGGGAGCUGCUCAUGCACUAUAUCGACCUGCGCGAGACCAACGACACGCAGCUCACGUACGAGGCUCUCAAGUACCUGGCGUCGCUGCUGCUGCACAAGAAGUUUGCCGCGGAGUUUGUGGCGGAGGAUGGCGUCCAGAAGUUGUUGGAGGUGCCGCGGCCGUCCAUGGCAGCCACGGGCGUCUCACUCUGCCUCUACUACCUGGCCUACAACCAGGACGCCAUGGAGCGGGUGUGCACGCUGCCGGACGCGGUGCUCUCGGACCUCGUGGGCUACGCGCUGUGGCUGCUCGAGUGCUCCCACGAGUCGGGCCGCUGCCACGCCACCAUGUUCUUCUCCAUCUCCUUCUCCUUCCGCACCGUCCUCGACCUCUUCGACUCGCGCGACGGCCUCCGCCGCCUCAUCAACCUCGUUAGCACGCUGGAGAUUCUGAACCUGGAGGACCAGGGAGCGCUCCUGAGUGACGACGAGAUCUUCGCGAGCCGCCAGACGGCGCGGCACACCUGCCUGGCGCUGCGGCGCUACUUCCAGGCGCACCUGGCACUCAAGGGCGAGUCAGUGCGGCGCUCGCUGCAGCGGACGGACGGCGGGCCCGUCAUCCCCCCCCAGCCACCCUACAAGGCGCUGGUGCUGAGCCACCAGCAAGUGCUGGAGCUGCAGGAGUUUCUGGUGGCGUGCGGACCCACGCGGCUCUACUGGGAGGCAGCUGAGGCGCUGCACCGCCUGGGCGGGGUGCCCCUCCUGCUGCAGCUCGUCUCGUUCGCCGCCGAGUGGCGCACCUACUAUGGCCGGAGCGAGACGGUGCGCUCUGCGCUGGACGUCCUCGCCAUCCUCACCGUGGUCCCCAAGACGCAGGUCGUCCUCGCUGAGCCCAUCGACGUCCUCAACGAGAUCGGGCCACCCAUCAAGACCAUCGGCAUGAACAUCGUGCUGAAGGUGGCGGAGGGCGAGGUGUUUGUGAACGAGGCCGAGAUUCAGAAGUCGGCGCUGCAGGUCGUCAUCAACUGCGUGUGCGGCCCCGACCGGCGCCCGCCGAGCCUGGGCCGCUUUGUGGGCGGCACUCCGCGCCGGCGCUCUGCUCAGCAGCAGCAGCAGCAGCAGGGCUCCCGCACCGCCUCCACCUCCGCCACCGACAACGUCCUGAGCAAGAUGUGGGGCGUUGUGCGCGCCAAUAACGGCAUCAAGGUGCUGCUGGCGCUGCUGUCGGUGAAGGCACCCAUCACGGACGCCGACCAGAUCCGGGCGCUGGCGUGCCGCGCGCUCGUGGGCCUCUCGCGCAGCGCCACCGUGCGGCAGAUCAUCAGCAAGCUGCCGCUGUUCUGCGGCGGCCACAUGCAGAUGCUUAUGCGCGAGCCCGUGCUGCAGGACAAGCGGCAGGAGCACGUGCGCUUCUGCCGCUUCGCCUCGCAGCUGCUGGAGCGCGUGUCGGGCAAGCCCAUGUCGGCGGGCGGCGACGUGUCGCUGGCGCGGCUGCAGAGGGCCGACGUGGUCGCCCAGACCCGCAUCACCUUCCCGGGCAAGGAGCUCCUGCUGCUCAUCCGCAACCACCUGCAGGCGCACGGCCUGCCGGAGUCGGCCGCCGCGCUCACGCGAGAGGCGGACCUCCCCCGCGGGCCGCUGCCGCCGCCGCCGCUGCCGCCGCCGCCGCCGACGACGGCGUUGACGGCGCCGCCGCAGCCGGCGUCGUUCUCCCCGGCGGCGAUGGCGCUGCCGCUGGGGGGCGGGCCCUGCCUGCCGCGCGCGCCGCGCCUCGUCAACGGGCUGGCGGGCCGCGCCGCGGCCAGCGGGACCCGGGCGCCGGCGCCGGCGUCGUCUUCCGGCCUCGGCUCGUCGCAGGUCGCGCCGCCGCCCUCGUCGUCGCAGAGCGGCGCCGUGGCGGCGGCGGGGGGGCUGUUGUCGUCGCCGGGGGGGGGGCCCUCGCACGGGGCGCCGCCCGGGACGCCCUCCGGCGCCGGCGGCGCCCUGGGCCGCAUCAGCUUCAGCAAGGAGCGGCUGUCUCCCUGCGCCGGCUCGGCCCAGCGGAAGGCGGCGCGCGUGCUGAUACAGAAGGCGGACUGCGGCGCGUACGUGCAGUCGCCGGCGUUCCGCAAGGAGCUGGACGGGCGGCCGGCGCCGUCGCCCCCGGCGCUCGACGGCAUCAUCACGGAGUACCUGCGCGAGCAGCACUCGCGCUGCAAGAACCCGAUCGUCACGUGCCCGCCCUUCUCGCUCUUCACGCCCCACCAGUGCCCCGAGCCCAAGCAGCGGCAGCUGGCGCCGUUCAACUUCACGUCGCGGCUCACACGCCGCGCCCACUUCCCCAUGUUCGGCGGCACCGAGGGGGCGUCAUGCGACCGGCAGCUCAUCUUUAGCAGGUUCCGGCCGCUCUCCGUGUUCCGCGAGUCGGACGAGGACGGCAGCUGCUUCACGUGCUGCGCAUUCUCGGCGCGCGAGCGCUUCCUCAUGCUGGGCACCUACACGGGGGAGCUGAAACUGUACAACCUGUACACGGGCCAGGAGGAGGCGAGCUACGCCUGCCACUCCUCGCCCGUCACCCACUGCGAGCCGUCGCGGGACGGGCAGCUGCUGCUGACCUCUUCCGACAUGAGCCGCCCUCUCUCCGCGCUGUGGGGCAUGAAGGACGUGUUCGACUUAAAGCACGGCUUCGACAACGAUCACUACGUAGAGUUCAGUAAACUCUGCCAGGAUCGCAUCAUCGGCACCGAAAACGACACGGCGCGGAUCUACGACGUGCAGACGGGUGUGCGCACGGAGACGCUGUACAACGCCGACCUGGCGAACCACUACAAGCGGAACUGCGCGACGUUCAGCCCGACGGACGAGCUGGUGCUCAACGACGGCGUGCUGUGGGACGUGCGCUCGGCGCAGGCCGUGCACAAGUUCGACAAGUUCAACAUGAACAUCAGCGGCGUGUUCCACCCCAACGGCCUGGAGAUCAUCAUCAACACCGAGAUCUGGGACCUACGCACAUUCCACCUCCUGCACACGGUGCCCGCACUCGACCAUUGCAGCCUGGUGUUCAACCACGCGGGCACCGUCAUCUACGGCGCCAUGCUCCAGCCAGACGACGAAGAUGAACUGAUGGAGGAGCAGAUGAAGAGCCCCUUCGGAUCGUCCUUUCGCACGUUCAACGCCACCGACUACAAGCCGAUUGCCACGAUCGACGUGAAGAAGAACAUCUUCGAUCUGUGCACGGACACCAAGGACUGCUACCUCGCCGUCAUCGAGAACCAGAAAGGGCUGGACAGCCUGUCCAUGGACAGCGUGUGCCGCCUCUACGAGGUGGGGAGGCAGAGGCUGGCCGAGGAAGAGGAGGAGGAAGAGGAGCAGGAGGAUGAGGAGGAGGAUGAGGAUGACUCUGAGGACGACGCGCUGGAUCUGGACGAGUUCGACUCUGAGCUCGACGACGAAGACGAGGAGGGGGCGGAGGGGGGCGAUGGGGGGGACGGGGACGAGGUGGGGGAGACGCGCAGGGAGAACGAGGACGGGGAGGAGAUGGGACUCUCCGAAGGGGAGGGGGCCGAUGAUGACGAUGAUGACGAGGAUGGAGAGGAUGACGAGGUGGAGCUCGUGAUGAGCGACGACAGCAACGACUCCGACGACGACAGCUCGGACCUGGAGGACGAUAUGCUCCUGGCGCUUAAUCAGUGAAUCAUCUACAGACGACACGACGAGGUCGGCCGACAAGGUCCCCACCACUGAGGCCUCCUGGCUCGGCUUCGCCACAGCCGCCCUCCACCUUCUGCCAAUGCGGAAAUCCUCCGGGCCCCAAUACACAGCUCACGAGCGCGACGCAUGCACCGCCCGCAUCAGAUAGUUGCGCGUCGUUUCGUUUAGAUAGACGUUUCAGCAUCGUCACUUAUUUUUGUAUCUGAGAGUUUAUAAUUGCGUGUGUUUGGCGAGCAUAAACGCGGGGGCCCUGGUUUUAUUUUUUGUUCAUUCUCACGUGUUGUUGACAUAGAAUAAACGGGUUGGAUGGAAAAUAUA